UAUUUAUGGCGUGUACACAGCAUUUAAAGCAAGUUUUCAUUUUGAGACAGAAGCUAAAACAUUUAAAGAUACCUUUGCAAGAAAUGAAGAGGAUGACAGCGAAAAAGAAAGAGAAGCAAAGGCAAAUGAUGACAAAUGUUUCAGUGCAUCGGUGCGUGUGUCACAAGCGCACCAGUUUGGGACCCCUGUCGUUCCACUCAAAUGUGAACGGUCGUCUGAUUACGCUAAGUGACGGUGGGCGACGGGCGACCAGAGAUGAGUCGUCGUUUCGCCACGGUCUGGUGUUCAGCGCGCGACCGGUACAGAUCCAGGAGAAGUUGCGCCUGCGGGUCGAACGCUCUACGAAGAAUUUGCACGGCUCGCUGCGGGUCGGUUUUGCAAAUGUUUUACCCGAGGAGACAACGUUACCCUCAAUGGCUGUUCCAGACUUAACCAACUCCUCCUCACUGUACGCAGCAGCGAUACUUCACGAGGACACGUGUUACCCAGGUUCAGAGACUGAGUUCUGGAUCGACAGAUAUGCCAGACUUUGGACACGAAGUUCUGAUGGUACCAAGUCCUUUCAGCCGACUGCUCUAAAUAUCCACGGGCCCAUCUGGGCGAUGAUUGACAUCUAUGGACAGACAAGCGCAGUGAUGCUGCUUGGUUCCAAAAAGAAAGAUCGGCUAUACACCUAUAGGUCCUGCCCUGCUCUGAAACACAACAAACACACUGAUGAUAAUAACUAUAUCUACAAAGACAUCAAUAAAGAAACACUGAAAAGACUGAAUAAACCAAUGCAGAUCCAUGAAUCUUAUAACACAGGUACUGAAGCCUUUGACUCUGAAGACUGUGUAGUGUGUUGGAGUGAAAAGCCAAACACUCUUCUGAGCUGCGGUCAUAAAUGUGCCUGUACUCCAUUUGCAAUGAAGAUAAUUUUAGUAUGAGAUAAAAGUUUUUUUGAUUUGUGCACUGUGAGUGUUCAUACAGUUGCUUUAUUUGCGUAAGGCAUCUGAUGGAGCAUUUGGACCCGGAAGUUGAUGUCAAACUUAACAAGCAGAUUGGUUCAUGCAUGUUUCAGUGCUGUGGUUAUGUUAUGUAGAGGUCUGUUAUUGCACCCUCCACAUGCUGUACCUCUGUAUUAUUACCUCUGGUUUGUAAGUCACUUGCAUAAAGGGAUCUGCACAAAUUAUUUCACAGUUUACAUGUUUAUAUGAAUACAAUGUAUAUAUUUCAGAUGGCUAAAACCGUAAUGAACAUAUAAAGACUAAAUGUAAAUAUUGUAUGUAAAUAUGUUGAUAUCUAUGUUUGGAUUACAAAAAUGUGUUUAUUGAAAGUCACUUAAUAUAUAUUUGAUCAUAACAAUGUGAAUAUGUUUGCAACACUGGUUUGAAAUACACUUUUGUAUUAAAUACAAUUUUUUGUACAUACAAAAACACAAAUCAUGUCAAAAUCAUGUGAUCAUGUUACACUCAAAACUCAAUUCAACAAGGCAGUUAAAUAAUUGUCUAUUAAAGUUUUAUAAGAAAAAAAUUAUUUUGU